UUGUAAACAGGGCAGAUAGGAGCAGCCAGAUCUCAGAUCUCAUCUCUCACAGCUACAAGUUUACUUCACAACGUGCUGCAUACAGUAAAAUGUUGGAAAGGUUUAUUGUUGGUGGAGAUUAGGAUCAGAAUCAGUCAUGCGGCUCCUCGGUUCGGUUCAGCAGAAAAUCCCAUGUGUUUUUCUUACUGAGGUGAAACAAGAAGCUUCUAGAAAACGCGAGCAUCAGCAAUUUCAGGUCGUGGCUACAGACACUAUGAAUCCUGUAACUGUUGAGUCAGAUGUUCAUUGUGCUCUCGCCACUGAGAAGCUGGAUGGCACAUGUUGCUAUGUUACUACAUACAGAGGUGAACCCCAUCUCUGGGCUCGCCUGGACCGGAAACCCACCAAGCAAGCAGACAAGAAGUUUAAAAAAUAUCAAUUCUCUCAGAAGACCUGUAAAGGUUUCACAUGGAACCUAGAAGAUUUUCGAGAUGUACCUGACACAUGGAUUCCUGCAGGUGGAGUUCAGCAUGAGGACGGCCAUCCGGUACCUGACGAACAUGGACACAUCCCUGGGUGGGUUCCAGUUGACAACUCUAACAAGCAAUACUGCUGGCACGCCUCGGUGGUUGACCAUGAUGCUGCAGCAGCUCUCGUUUUAAGGCCACACAAAGAGGAUGAAACUUUGUUAGAAAUUGCUAGUGUUCCUCUGGCAGAACUCAUCGAGCAGACCCUGGAACUCAUUGGGACCAACGUGAAUGGAAACCCAUAUGGCUUGGGCAGCAAGAAGCAUCCGCUGCAUGUUCUGGUGCCUCAUGGCAUUUUGCACAUCAGAAAUGCUCCUCCAGUGGAGUACAAGCAGCUGUACUCCUGGUUUCAAGAAAGCCAUGAGGGCAAAGUGGAAGGAAUAGUGUGGCACUGUAGCAAUGGCAUGCUUAUAAAGCUUCACCGGCACCACUUGGGUCUGAAAUGGCCUGACGGCGACGCCUUCCUGAACUCUCGACCUGUGGUGAUCCACAUGGACCGGCAAACGUGUGAUCCGGACGGUUCAUCCGACUCACAAAAGAACUUGUUCAGCUUUCUGUCCAGCCUGAACGGACGGCAGUUCAGCUCAAUAAGAGACGUUCAGUUUGAAGUCUGAUUGGUUAAAGAUGGGACAGAAAGACAAACAUUCCUACAUACUAUUAACUUCCUGUUUACAAUGCAAAAUAUAUUAUCCUAGUAAGAUGAGGUACAUUAAACCUGAAACUGUGGAAUAA